AUGGGCGAACCGUUGGAGGUGCGACCGCUCCUGCAGCCCCGCCGGGUGGAGGAGUUGGCCCCUGAGGCGAAGUCAUACAAGGCAUACAAGGUGACCUUCAAGAAGCAGGAGGCCCGGCGGGUUGUUGGUGUCGCCUUCUCACCAACCUCUCCGCACAAGCUGGCUGUUGUUAGCGGCACGAAAGUUGGCUUGUGGCAGAGUGCCCCAUCCAAGGAUGGCAACCUCGAGGAGGUUAACUCCAUCUCCAAGUUCAAGGACCUUACGCAGUGCGCGGCCUGGCGAGACGACGGCAAGCUGAUGCUUGCUGGUGAGGCCAGUGGGUCUUGUGCCGUCAUUGAGAUGGAGACCCGGUCCAUCCUCCGGAGGCUGCGUGGGCACGGCGAUGCUGUGACAUGUGCAGCCUUCGCGGAGUCGGACAAGAGUCGCGUCGCGACCGGCAGCAGGGACGGAAAGCUGCGGCUUUGGGACGUGGCAACCUCCGAGCUGCUGCACACGGUGGAUGCCCACACUGACUCGCUGAAAGUUCUUUCAGCGGGCCCCGUGGGUGCAGACUCCUGGAUCACGGCCGGGUACGACAAGUGUGUGAAACUCUGGGAUGCACGCAGUCCCUCAAAGGAGGGGCCCGACGUCGAGAAGGCCAAAGCUGCCAUCAGCGUCUCGCACGGCCACCCUGUCGAGGCCGGCGUUGCAUUUCCUGGCGCCGCCCUCUUCGCUUCGGCCGGCGGAACGUCGGUGAAGGUUUGGGAUUUGGCGAUGACUGGCCGAACCUUACACGAUCUGCCCGACAUCCACUCCAAGGUGGUCACGGGAAUCUGCUUGGACUCUCAGGCGUCGGUUCUUGUGACUGCUUCCUUCGACGGCCUCAGCAAGGUCUACCAUGCAGCAACGAUGUCGCAUGUAUGGACAUACAGGCUCCCAGGGCCAGCGACCUGCGUCGCCUGGCGUCCGGAUGACUCUGGCUUUGCGAUCGGGCUCGAUGAUGGCAAUUGGCUAAUCCGAAGCCGGAAGGCUGCGGCCGAGAAAAAGCCCGUGGCCAGCGGCAAACUGGUAACGCCAAAGCAGAUCCACCGUGUGGAUGGCAAGGGCCAGCACAAGGAGGACGACGAAUGGUCUGACGAACCCGAGCUGCAGAAGAGCCGGAAGUGGAAACGCGAGGAAGGCCACCUUCGUGGACACCUCCACAAGCCUGAGGAGGAGGACGAGGUCAUCGAGCGACCGCAGACGCGGAGGAAGCGCGAAUCCAAAGUGGAGUACCUCUUCAGGAAGUUCGAGUACAGAAAGGUGGUCGAACUCAUGCUGCAACCGGCAACGGACGCGGCUCUGGGUUUCGCCAUCGUGGAUGAGCUGCUCGAGCAAGGAGCUCUCGCGUGCGCUGUGAAUGACCUGGGGGAGGAGCUGUGCCUCGAGGCGCUAAGGUGGCUGCUCAAAGCCUUUGCGGAAGGCGACUCGCUGCAGCGGAAUCUCUUCAAUGAGUUCCUGCACAGCCUGAUCGAUGGCAACGACUGCUUGAAGCUGCCCAGCAAUGAGAAGCUUGUCAACACCAUGCACGAGCUCGACAACAAGGUCCAACAGGAGCUGCGAGUUCAAGAGGCGCUCUUUGAGCUGACGGGGACUUUAGAAACAGUCUUCGCGUGA